GAGCGAGGAACAGGGAGAAGAGUAGCAGGGACCCUGUGGGGACCACAUCCACAGCUGCCCACUAAGCUGUCCUUCCGCAGGACCCUGGACAGUGGAGUGGGGCAGUGCCCCGCAGCCAGCAGGAGGUGCCAAGCCCUUGUCUCCAUGGCCCUUCCCCAGGGCCCGGCAGAUGGCAGCCUCCCCACGGGGGACCCCAGCCCCUCCGAGGGCACUCCAGGGCCUAGCCAGGCCCCUGCCAACCCAGCAGCCACCAGACGGCGGGCGCUCCUCCAGGAGCUGGAGACCCAGGUGCAGGCCGCCUACGGGCAGGACCGGGAGCUGCGGCCAGAGGAGAUUGAAGAGCUGCAGGCCGCCUUCCAGGAGUUUGACCGAGACCGGGACGGCUAUAUCGGCUACGGGGAGCUGGGAGCCUGCAUGCGGACACUGGGCUACAUGCCCACGGAGAUGGAGCUCAUCGAGAUUUCACAGCAAAUCAGUGGCGGGAAGGUGGACUUUGACGACUUUCUGGAGCUGAUGGGCCCCAAGCUGCUGGCGGAGACUGCGGACAUGAUUGGCGUCAGGGAGCUGCGGGACGCCUUCCGGGAGUUCGACACCAACAGGGACGGCUGCAUCAGCUUGGGUGAACUCCGGGCGGCCCUGAAGGCCCUGCUGGGAGAGCGGCUCAGCCAGCGGGAGGUGGACGAGAUCUUCCGUGACAUUGACCUCAACGGGGACGGCCUGGUCGACUUUGAAGAGUUUGUGCGAAUGAUGUCUCGCUGAGCCUGUACAGAAGCUGGAGGCAGCAGACAGGACUUGGCACCAGAGCCACUGCCUGCCAGUGUGUUCCCGGAGCCCCUCGCCUCCAGCUGGGACCCUCAUCCUCUCCUCCCUGCCCCGGCCUGGGUGCAGUGCCCUUGCCUGCCCUCGCCUCCACCCCCACUCGUCCACCAAGCCUCCUUGCCCGUCUCUACUUCUCUGACAAUAAAGCAUCUUUGAGCAGCACCCACCACUCACUUGUUCACCCUGCAGGUAUUUGGCCCCCAAAAGUGAAGUCCCCUCGACUGUGAACUUUGGGUGGGUAGGGGCCCUCCCCGGAUCCUGCACCCAGCCCAGAGCAAGUGUUGGGAAACGUCCCCGGAUGAGUAAACCCAACCUGCUUCUCCCAGAGCUGGGUGCGCGGUGGCCCCUCAUCCUGUGAAGGGCUCCUACCGGACCCAGGAUGACAUGAGAGGAGCACGUGCCUGAGGGCUUUUCCCAAGCUCCAUCCCAUUUCCUCUUAGAAGGGUGCUGCGCGGUGCUCCCUCCAAAAAAGAACUUGCUGGUCGGCUGGGAGCAGUGAGUGAGCUGACAGGCCUCUUCAGGACAUACCUCAGCUUUGGGGCUGAUACCUCACUCUUCCCGGGAGCCCCCAGCCACUGACCGAGCACAUAGGUGGUCUCCGUUCCAAGCUCCCCUCCAGGUUAGCCGAGGUGUGGUCAGGUCAGCCUCGAAUCGGAAGCUGUCUGCCCAAUCCUGCUUCACCGUGCGUCCUCGUUUUUGCGUCCCUAACUUCAGCUUAGUGUCUGCCUCCCGGGGAGACCAAAUGACACAUCUCCUCACUCCAACCCUGCCACGGUCUUUGUAACCCCACGUGCCAUAUUGAGGAACCCCAGAGGCCGGGUGUCAGUGACUUGCUAGAGGUCACGCAGCUCCACUGCCAUCUCUCCCCUCCAGGCCAUGCAGCGCGUGCUGCCAGAUUUUUCUUCCUGAAAUGCCAUUUGCGUGUUGUCACACUCUAGAAACUGGCCAUGAUCCCUCAUUGCCCCCAGGCUGAUCUGGCCCCUUUGCCUGGCACCAGAAGGCUCCGGGGAGGAACUGGCAUACAGUCACACAGGUUAGGAUGAAGCAGAGGUGGGACUUCACCCAGGCCUGGGGACUCUGAAAUCACAGUGCCAACAAGAAAGGGCACCUCCAGGUCAGAGCAGACCCAGGAGAGGCCUCAGCCUCCCCAAGCACUGCCUGACCAGACGCCGUUCCCACCUGCUGGGAGGCAUGAUGGGCUUGAUGUCCAGGUCAGGAAGGGGGAGGAGCUUUCAGUGCCCGUGGCUGGUCCUCAGCAUUGCUACUGCCAACAAGAUGGUCUUAAGACAGAGCAGGCGGGCAGCCACCGGCACUCUGCUCAGCCUGGAGCUUGGACCCCGAGGUGCCAGGGCUGGCUGCUGCAGCCUCAGCACCACUUGCCUGGCAGAUCACAAUUAAUGCUUAAUCCUCAAUUGGGUGAUCUCUCCUGCCAGUCUGGCAGGCUUGGGGCUGAGGAGGAGUUGCCCCAGCCCUGCAGCUUGUCUGGGAGCCAUGGCCCACACUCCUUCCCACCACCCUCCACUGGCCGGCACAGAUGGCAUUGCUGCCUGAGAGGUCUGUCCCCUCUGCAGGGGCUGGGAAGAGUGAUGGACAGGUGCCAGGGGAAGACCAGAGCAGGCUCAAGGUCACCUUCCCAUGGGCCCCAGCUUGUCAGGCCCUGUGCCUGGAGCAAGGGAGAGGGGAUGGUUGGGGGGAUGACCUUAAUUGGCUGCCGUGUGUCUGCUUGCAUCAGAAGUGCCCACAGUUCCCCCAAAUCUCACACGUGCCCUCCCACCCCAGAAAGGCUGUUAGCUCAGAAGUUCCAAACAGACACAGCUGGAGCAGGCAGCAGGCCUGGGAGGAACAGGAAGCAGGCAGCGACUGUGCAAGCCAAGAGCCCCUUCCCCGCCUAAAGGGGGCACCUGCCACCCAACUCCACUGACUGUUGUCAGCUGGAGCAGGCUAGAGCUAUGGCAUCUUCUGGUUUUCCAAGAGAAGCUGUCAGUUGAGAUUUUUACCUUAAGUCCACUUUAAAUAGUUGGAGUAUAAUAUACAUUCAGUAACGUAUAUGAAUGUAAAGCUCAGUGGAUUUUUACGUGUGUAUGCACUGGGUAACCAUCACCCAGAUAAAGAUAUUACAUCCACUUGUUGUAUUUUAGAGUAGUUCUAGGUUUACAGAAUUAUUUUGAAUAUUGGACAGGGAGCUCCUAAAUACCCCACACCGAGCUUCUCCUAUGUGUUAGUCAAGGUUCUCCAGAGAAACAGAACCAAUAGGAGGGGUGUGUGUGCGUGCGUGCGUGCGUGCGUGCGUGUGUGUGUGUGUGGAGAUAUUUAUUGUAAGGAAUUGGCUUGGGUAAUUAUGGGCACAGAGCAGUCCCCAGAUCUUCAUUCAGCAAGCUGGUGACACAGGAGACCUAGUGAUACAGUUCCAGCCCAAGCCCGAAGGCCCAAGAACCAGAAAAGUCAAUGUUGUAAGUUCCAGUCUGAGAGCAGAAGACUGAUGACCCUGCUCAAAGGUCAGGCAGGCAAAAUUCCCUCUCGCUCAGCCUUUUUUUUUUCCAUUCAGAUCUUCAACCCACAUUGGGAAGAGCCAUCUGCUUUACUUAGUCCACAGAUUCAAUGGAUGUUAAUCUCAUCCAGACCAGAUACACCCUCACAGACACACCCAGAAUCAUGUUUGACCGAAGGUCUGGGCACCCCAUGACUCAGUCAGGUUGACACACAAAAUUAACCACGACACUCUAUUAACAUCUUACGUCAGAAUGGUACCUUUGUCACUGCUGAUGAACUAAUACUGGCACAUUAACUAAAGUCCACAUUUUAUGCAGAUUUUAUCACUUUUUCCCUUGUUCUGUUCCAGAGUGCCAUCCAGGACACCAUGUUACAUUAGGCAUCAUGUCUCCUUAAGCUUCUCUUGGUCAUGAUGGUUUUACAGAAUUUCCUUGUUUUUUUAAAUUAUCUUGACAGUUUUUUUUUAAUUUUUAUUUAUUUGUUUGUUUAUUUAUUUAUGGCUG